AUGUCACAGCCAUGGGAUUACAUCGCUAAGCUAGUUUGUAUUGGUGACUCUGGAACUGGAAAGUCUAGCUUGACUAUUCGGCUUUGCGAAGGACGCUUUUCAUCUUCCCACGAUGUGACUAUUGGUGUGGAGUUUGGAUCGCGUAUUGUUCCAGUUGGACCACCUGCUUCACAGGCCCUAAAUUUAGAAUCAAACACCAACUCUCACAACCGUCCGUUUUCGUCGCCAGUAACUUCAGAUACCUCAGAGGAGCCCAUCGUCUCCGGUUUACCUAACCCUCCACGAAAAAUGGCUGAGUCUCAGAAAAAGAUGAAGUUAUCACUAUGGGAUACAGCAGGGCAGGAAACGUACAAAUCCAUCACACGGUCUUAUUUUCGAGGUGCCUCUGGUGCUUUGCUUGUGUUCGAUAUAACAAGACCAUCUACGUUUACUUCAUGCACACAGUGGUUGCACGAUUUGCGGCAAAUUGCGGAAGAAGGAAUUGUAGUUAUUCUUGUCGGUAACAAAAGCGAUCUGACCGGUAAUGAGCCGGAACGGAGUGAGAGGCAUGUUACGAGGCGAGAGGCAGAGGAGUGGUGCCGCAUGAACAACGUCGUACGCUACGUUGAGACCAGUGCAAAGUCUGGUGACGGCGUCGAGCGUGCGUUUCUUGAGGUUGCCGAGAGAAUUUAUCGAAAUAUCGAGGCGGGCAGGUACGAUUUGAAUGACCGUCGAAGCGGAGUGAAGGGCUUCGGCGCUACCGGUGGGGGUGGCACUAGUGUGCCGACAACUGUUACUCUAGGCUUGAACGAUGCGAUGCGCAGGGGUGGAAAUGGAUGGGCUGGAAACUGUUGUUAG